GUCGCGGGUGGUGGGGGCGGGGUAUGGCGCGCUGUGCGGCGCAGGGCGGCUGGCACAAACGGCGGCGCCGGGGCCGGAGGAAAAACCUCGCCACCGUGACAGGUCCCUUCCCAAGCCCCUAGGGACAGCAGAGGACUUGGGGACCAGCAAGCACCCCCAGGGCACGAGAAAAGCCUCUGCCAUCUGCCCUGCCUCAUCCUGCCCCACGCCAGGCCCAGCCGCCCCGGCCCCCGGCUGCAUCAAGUGGAGGAGGAGGAGGUGGAGGAGGGUGGCACCAUGGGCCUGGGCCGUGCCCUCCAUGCCCGGGGGAUGAAGACACUGCUGCCAUGGACAGCCCGUGCCAGCCGCAGCCCCUGAGUCAGGCUCUCCCUCAGUUGCCGGGUUCGGUGUCAGAGCCCUUGGAGCCUAGCAGGGCCAGGAUGGGGGUGGAGAGUUACCUGCCUUGUCCCCUGUUGUCCUACCACCGUCCAGGAGGGCCUGGUGAGGCCUCGGCGGGGAGUGGGACCCCCAGAGCCACAGCUACUUCCACCACAGCCAGCCCCCUGCGGGAGGGCUUCGGUGGGCAGGAUGGCGGCGAGCUGCGGCCGCUGCAGAGUGAGGGUGCUGCGGCACUGGUCACCAAGGGGUGCCGGCGACUGGCAGCCCAGGGCGCCCGGCCCGAGGCCCCCAAACGGAAAUGGGCAGAGGAUGGUGGGGAUGCCCCCGCCCCCAGCAAGCGGCCCUGGGCCAGGCAGGAGAACCAGGAGGCGGAGGCGGAGGGGGAGGGCUGCAGCAGUGGCAGCGGCGAGGCCAGCGCCGGGCUGAGGGAGGAGGUGCUGCCCGCUGCGCCUGAGCGCCUGGCCCUGGACUAUAUUGUGCCCUGCAUGCGGUACUAUGGCAUCUGCGUCAAGGACAGCUUCCUGGGGGCGGCACUGGGUGGCCGAGUGCUGGCAGAGGUGGAGGCCCUGAAGCGGGGCGGGCGCCUGCGUGAUGGGCAGCUAGUGAGCCAGCGGGCUAUCCCGCCACGCAGCAUCCGUGGGGACCAGAUUGCCUGGGUGGAAGGCCAUGAGCCAGGCUGCCGAAGCAUCGGUGCCCUCAUGGCCCACGUGGAUGCUGUAAUCCGCCACUGUGCUGGGAGGCUGGGCAGCUACGUCAUCAAUGGGCGCACCAAGGCCAUGGUGGCAUGUUACCCAGGUAACGGGCUGGGGUACGUGAGACACGUUGACAAUCCCCAUGGCGAUGGGCGCUGCAUCACCUGCAUCUAUUACCUGAAUCAGAACUGGGACGUCAAGGUGCAUGGCGGCCUGCUACAGAUAUUCCCUGAGGGCCGUCCCGUGGUAGCCAACAUUGAGCCACUCUUUGACCGGCUGCUCAUUUUCUGGUCUGAUCGGCGGAACCCUCAUGAGGUGAAACCAGCCUAUGCCACCAGGUACGCCAUCACUGUCUGGUAUUUUGAUGCCAAGGAGCGAGCAGCAGCCAAAGACAAGUAUCAGCUAGCAUCAGGACAGAAAGGUGUCCAAGUACCUGUAUCACAGCCGACUACGCCCACCUAGUGUCUAGCCCCAGAGCUGCACGGACAGACAGCUUGCCCUGACUUCGGGAGAGCCCUGGGCCCGGUGCUGCCAGUCACGGUGCCUGCUCCUUCCCUGCCACUGCCGCUGCUUCUGACUUUGCCUCUGUUCUGCCUGGUGUGGAGGGCUCCAUCCAUCGCUGAGGACCAAGGAGGAGGAGAGACCUC